UUUUUUUCUGCUUAUAUAGAGUGAUAGUGGUUCUGAAGGAUCUGAUCAAGAAAUUAAUGACCCAAUGAAACAAACUGACUUUGUCGAAGACGUUGAAAUUCAUCCGACCACCGCGUCAGAAUGUAGUGACCUUGUUAGUGGACAAGGCAUCGAUAGCCACCCUGUUGAAGUUGUUAUUGUGAGCGAUGACAUUGCCACGGCAGAUGCAGACAUGAGUAACAACAAUUAUAAAUCAUUCCAUGAACAUCGAGCAAGGGCGAUCGAGGACACGUUAAUGGAACUUGGUGAUUGUCAAGAGCCUGUCACAGUUCUUCGCAUCUAUCAAAAAAAUUUCAUGAGAGGACGGCCACUUGAUUUAAUGAACGAAACAACGAUCAUGGAAGGCGAAACCACGGAAAUUUUCGUCUCACGUCUGAAUCUAUUUGAAGAUGGAAUGGACGAAAUAUUGAACGUGACGUCUGAAACUGUAGACAGGAGCUUUCCGUUAGAAGUCACGUUUACAGGGGAGAAUGCUCGUGAUCAGGGUGGACCAAGAAGAGAGUUUCUCUCGUCUAUGUUGCAGCAAAUAAAGGAAAGACUUUGCACCGAGGGUGAGGAUGGAAAUUUCAAUCUUUGCGACAACUUGUGGCUAGAACGAGCCGUUUUUACGUUGGAGCAGGCAUUAUUUUUGCUGAUUAUGCGACGACCAAUUUUAAUCUACUUGUUUCGACGGACAGCUGUAUCUCCCAUGACAUACCCAAAGAUAGUCAAGCUAAUGAAACCCAAUUUUAGCGAGGAAGGCUCAAACAGAAGAAUCCUAGAGGAGCAGAGUUAUAGACACUUUCUAAAAUACUGCAAAGAGGUUGCGGCUGGAAGAAGAGGAGUGAUGAAAUUAGAAAACAUUUUGAAAUUUGUAUCAGGAUCUGAAUAUGAGCCUGUUCUUGGUUUUUCCAUAUCGCCUCAGAUAGAUUUUGUGAUGUCAGAAUCUUCAUAUCCCACUGCUAACACGUGCAUCAACAAAUUAUGUUUGGUAAUUGGUGACAAAAAUGUUGGCGGAGGAGCAGAGAAGAGUUGA